AUGACCUCUGUGUUUGAGACAACCUCAUCUCAAGGACAUAUAUUAAAUGGUGAACAGUUUUCGUAUUCCCCUGCCAGAGAUCCGAGCCCCAAGAACGGAUUUCAGGAUAAAGGUUUCUACCUCAACAUUCCAAAGUUUGUCAGAGAAAAGGAUGAUUCAGAAUCAGUGAAAUCAAUUGACCGUCAGGAUCAAGCAUUGUCCAAAGUCAGCUGUGGCAAUUUCUUUUACCAAAACUCCUUUAUGACACAAAAUCAGGAAAAGAAUUCCGACAGUAUUGAAAACGGCCUUGACAUGGUGAAAAGUGAUCCCGUUAUUACGGAAACGUCACAGCUCUUGCGCGGCAUACUUCAGCAUAAAGACAAACAUCUUACAGACAAGAUGGGUGACAAUAAUAACAUCAAGACUACAGACAAGCUUUCAGAAGAUCAGGAUUUGAAUGAGGAGGCAACUGCUAUGAAUAGCUUGGAGGAAGAAUAUAGAGAGGAACUUGAUCGUAGAUCUGUUAACUCCGCAGAUUUAUCAGGAGACGACAGUGACUUCAGUAUGUCUGGAGACAGGAAAUCAAAUGGAGGAGAAGAUAGUUAUGAUAUGGAUAAUUGUGAUGAAAAUGAUAUGUUUGUUACAGAAAACAGCAAUGCUGCCAAACGCGCACGUGUUGAGAACAUUUUGUCAAACAUGCAACAGUUGCCAACACCCUCAGAUAAUAAUAGUUCAAACAAUUUGGAAGUCAGACGACAGAAGCGUAAACAGUAUCAGCCAAAAUGGCUGGAACAUUCCGAAGGAAAACAUAGAAAGCUUGAGAAGAUGGCGCUGCAACAUCAACUGUUACAGUUACAGGAGCAGCUCCAGCAUGUACAGAAACGUUACAUGGACCUCUAUACAGAGGAACACACACCUCUGGAAGAUGGUGACAUGAACGGCUCAGACGAAAGAUAUGUAAACCAUGACAGCAAAAAAGACAAUUGUAACAAACUUUUUCCCAAAAGUAAUUAUUCAACAUCACCACCAAAUCUGCAUAAAACAUCAGCCGAUAAUGAUCGAAAAAAUUCCAUGGUAGCUGGUGUUGAUGAACCCAGGGAAGGGACAAAGCCAACCGAAAAUGGUCCUUUACAACAGGUAGAUAUCCACAACUUCUCCAAUUUGCUGAAGACACAACUUGUGGAUGUUGUGAGUUCCACAGUGGAUACAGUGUUGGAUAAAUAUAUGAAGGAUGGAUCUGCAAAGACUGUUGAAAAACCCAAAGAAAAGGAACAGAAGAAAAAACAGAGCAGUAAUGUAAACGGUGGGAGUAAUGUCAACAGUAAUGUUAGUAGUGGUGGCAGUGCUCACAAAACUGUUAAAGAAAAGCCGGACGUGAAACCGUAUGACAGGCCGUUAUUCGGAAUGCGGAGUUCUCCAGUUCGUGAGCCUUUCCAUGAUCAUAUUGGAAACAUAGCUCGAGUCCUGGAGAACAACACCUCCAGUGCCUUUGAAACUCCUCGAGGACUUACGCCAGACCUUCUACGGGGCCCAUCUCAUCACCCAUUGCCUUUCCCUCUUCCUCCAUUCUCAUACUUCCCUCCCACAAUGCUUCACACUCCAGCCAUUUAUUCCUCCACACCAUUGGGAGUAGAACCUGAGCAGACGGAAGCCUUGCCAUUGGUGGUCAAUCAAACACCUAAAAAGAAGCGCACCAAAGUGACGGACACUCGCCUGUCCCCUCGUGCUGCACGUGCCUUGCUAGGACAGGAUCCCAUGGUACUAAGUCACGUUGGAGAUGGAGACAACCACCACCAACACCCUGCAUCCUCUGGCUACCAAGCCCUGAUUCCUCCAGUUCUCCCAACCAGUGUGGCCAUCCCAAAUCCAGGACUCCAGCAUUCCAACAUAUUUGACUUCUACGGACGAGAAUAUGGCUUCUCAGAGAUGCGUUCUUCUAACCAUUCUCCGCUCCAUGCUGACCAUCCAUCUCCUAGCACCAUUCAUUCCUGCUCACCAUCGGAUAGCUUCCAAAUGAAGUCUGAAGGGCUGGACAAUAACUCCGACUGCUUUGACAAUGGCCAUGUUCAUAUGAUAUCCUUUUUUAGUUUCAAUUCAUAA